CGGGCAGGGGCUGCACCCACAGCGCCCUCUGCAGCCCGGCGGGGGCAUGGCGGGCUCGGCCCCGCUCACAGGCUGGCUCGCCCCGGGCGGCGCUAACGGGGACACGGGCAGGGCUCCCGACGGGGACACGGGCAGGGCUCCCGAAAGGGACACGGGCAGGGCUCCCGAGGGGGACACGGGCAGGGCUCCCGAGGGGGACACGGGCAGGGCUCCCGACAGAGACACGGGCAGGGCUCCCGAAAGGGACACGGGCAGGGCUCCCGACGGGGACACGGGCAGGGCUCCCGAGGGAGACACGGGCAGGGCUCCCGAGGGGGACACGGGCACGGCUCCCGAGGGGGACACGGGCACGGCUCCCGAGGGGGACACGGGCAGGGCUCCCGACAGAGACACGGGCAGGGCUCCCGAAAGGGACACGGGCAGGGCUCCCGAGGGGGACACGGGCAGGGCUCCCGAAAGGGACACGGGCAGGGCUCCCGAGGGGGACACGGGCAGGGCUCCCGAAAGGGACACGGGCAGGGCUCCCGACGGGGACACGGGCAGGGCUCCCGAAAGGGACACGGGCAGGGCUCCCGACGGGGACACGGGCAGGGCUCCCGAAAGGGACACGGGCAGGGCUUCCUCCAGGGUCUCCUCAGGGGUCCCCUCAGGGGGCCUCUCAAUGCUCCUUCAGGGCUCCCCUCAGCGAGCUGAUGUUCAGCAGGCUUUCCUCAGAAAUUAUCACCAGCGUUGCAGUUCUUCACACAUUCCCCGUGGAACACAAACACAAAGACCACAACGUUUAAUCAUCCUGGUUGUGCUCAGGGUUGUCUCAUGCUCUCCUCGUGCUGAGCCAGGCUUAGUUUGAAUGUUCAAGUCCUACAUAAUAAACCUGCCUCAACUCGAUGAGAGUGCUAAAUGCAUAAAA